AUGCAGCUGUUUAAGGGAUCGACAGGCCGACUGCGAGAGACGCCCGGCAAAGGCUACAGCACACAGAGUGUGGUGGACGCCAUUCUGAUUCACUUUUGCAGUGACAAUAAGGAGAUCCGCAUGCUAGCCGUCAAGUGCUUCCUGCGUUUCAGUGAGACCUACAACUAUCUCGACGUGCACUUGUACAUCCAGACGUUCUUGCUCAACGCCACCUUCAAGGUGUUCCUGGAUCAGCAUGGGUUGUGGAUGCCCCAGGUCAUUGCUGAAAUAGCUACCAUCACAGACGACAGCGUUAACCGGUCGGUGCUUGGCCUCAUGUUCCGAACAUACGACACACUGCACCUGAUGGGCUAUACCUUUGACACAGAUAUGCUGAAUCUGGAGAAGCAUGUCGAGGCGCAGCUGAUCAAAAUGGACGACGCUGACGAAUUGCCGUCAGACGAUGCGGUGGGGUCAGUGCUCACAGACGACGACAGCUACACCACACUCCAAGACGCGCAAGACACCCCCAGACUCUACGCCACUUCAGACCCAGUGUCCGAAGUCGAGAGCUUCAAGGCUAUGUCCCUACUGGCCGAUGACAAGGCACAGAACAAACCCAGCAAACCCAACAAACCCAACAAACUCACCCCCGUGAAGAAAACCCCGGCCAAGACAAACACACUGUUCAACUACGUCAGCGCGGCCGAAGACUUCACCUCAAUGGAACGCCCGGCAAAACCAUCCGCACAAUCAUCCGCACAACCACAGGUACAGCGCAGCAUGUUAGGUACGUAUGAUGUGUUUAGGCAGAGCACCGGGUACACAGCGCCCAAGAAAGUACCCGCCAAAAAAAAGGACAGGUAUCUGGAUAUGCUGAAAAACCGCAAACCAACCGAAAACCAUUAUAAAAAUAGCACACUCGGGAGUACUACCGGUGCGGACUCUCUGGGGUCGCACAGAAUGUUCGGUACCUCUGCGUUCAGUGCGCCCUCCAAUCGGUCCACCACAAAGUCCCACACGUCGCUGCCGCACAUGUUUGCUGACUUUGGCUCGGAACCGGAUUCAGAUGAUCAACCGGUGAUGCGCCCG